AUGGCCGAGGAAGCCGCAGCAAAAGCUGCUGUGGGCCUCGCAGGUUCCCGUGAGAACGUCUACUUGUUGACGUACUCCUUCAAUCAGGACUUCUCCUGCUUCGUUUGUGGCACCACCGCGGGAUUCCGGGUCUUUGCGCUGGAAGACAAUGCCAAGUCCUCUGCGAUCUCUGAGAAGCUCAGACGAGAACAUUCACCUGGAUUUCGACACAGCUCGGUGAUGCUGAUCUCCAUGCUCUUCAAGAGCGCCAACUUUGCCAUGGUCAACCAAACCCUCGAGCCGCAGGGCGAGCCGGCUCCGGGCUGCAUGAACAAGGUUCAGAUCUGGGAUGAGCGCAAGCAGAAGGUCGUAGCGGAGCUCCGUUGCCGCAACGAGGUGAAAGGCGUCUGUCUUCACAACUCUGUCAUCGUCAUGGUGUGUGAAUACGUGAUCUACGUUUACACCUCGGGUGAGCACUUGAAAGUCAUUCUUCAUCUGGACACCGGCUCCAACAAGCUGGGCCUUUGUGUGGUCGCCGUCUCCAGCGACCCCUGGCUCCUCUGCUGCCCGGCUCAGAACAAGGGUGCUGUCCGUAUCCAAGUGGGCCAGGAUGCUGGAGCCACUCACGUCUUCCAGGCGCACCAGUCGGGAUUGGCAGCUUUGGCUUUGAAUGCGUCUGGCUCACUGUUGGCUACGGCGUCAGAAUCGGGCACCGUCGCAAAGGUCUUCCGCACGUCCGACGGUCAAGCACUCUACAGGUUGCGCAGAAGUACACGUUCUGCAGUGAUUUCAAGUCUUGCAUUCCGCUCGGAUGACAACUUUCUGGCUAUGGCGUCGUCCUCUGCUACUGUGCAUAUCUUCAAGCUGGACAGCUCCACGGCAGAGGUAGACACUGACAGGGGGGAGAAGGACAAAGAGAACUCGUCUCCUGCCCUCGGCCCCCAAGAUCUAAGACCACGGCCCAGUCUCUCCGGCACGAUCUCUGCUCUGCAGACCUUGCAGUCGAAGGCUGCUGAGGCCGUGCGAGGUCUCACGUACCUCGCGGAUCUGCGGAGCUUUGGGCAGUUCCGUUUGCCUGACAUGGAUGGUGGCCAGCCAGCAGUUGACACCCGCAGCAAGCAGUCCAAGAUUGUAGGCCCCAUCCUGGCCUUCCACAAGACAGAGCCGCGGCUCUAUGUGCUGCAUUUCAACGGCUUCCUCUACGAGUGUAGCUUCCAGCCAGACUACGACCUGAGCCGGGGAGCACAGGAGUGUGGCUUUGUGGCGGCAACGACGUGGUUUGCUACCCGGCCAGACUUCAAGGUCUCCGCCCCCAUCACGGAGCUGAAAACAGAGCCUGGCGGGGAGAACGAAGGUGCGCUAGCCAAGGUGGCGCUUCGACGCAUCGGGGAGGAGGCCUCCGCGAAUGCUGUGUCAGCAGCACUUGAGCUCCUCGGUCCCUGUGCCCGUGAAGUGGAGGCGGAGGCACCAGCGCAAGCUUCGGAGAGCGAGGUCGAAGCGGAUGCCGGAAGCGAGGCGAGCCCCAACAAGAAGAAGAAGCUCCAUGACCAUCGCAAGCUCUUCAAGGAGGGCCAGAAGGCACUGACUCCGCCAGUGGCAGAUCCUACCCGUGCAUUCUACGAGUCGCUGCUGGAGGAGAAGCCCGACAGUGCAAUAGCAAUUCGCUUUUGUGUGGAGCACGGCGUGAAGCCACUCGAAGAGCACAAGAAGCUGCUCAAGAAGUACAGCGUGCUAAAAGAGAAGGGCGCUUUCAAUGUCGCCACAAAAAUCAAACGCGUCCUUGAGAAGAAGCAUCUAAAGCUGGGCGUCAAGAAGGACAAGAAAGCCAAGAAAGAGAAGAAGGACGGUGUGUUGCUACGUGUCGUGGCCGACGUUGCCAUUCCAGCUCAAAUCUCCAGGCCAAAGCUGAUGCAGCCGGUCGAUGCAUUCCGCACAUGGAGGUCGCCAUCCUCGGAAGAUUUAGGCGCUUUCAGCCGCCGCAGCCCCGACGACGACUUGUCAUACAAGGCACACUCGAUCAGCGCCUUGGAGGAAUCGGACUCGGACCCCUCUCAGCUUGAAGAGCCGCACCCGCCCACUUGCGAGCACCCGCCGCCCAUCACUCGGAGCGAGGACGUGCUUGAUGACUUGCCGAUCUCCGCCCUGGGAGCUGUGCAUGUCAUCGCCUCUCGCGGAGAGGUGCCUGGCUCCUCAGUGCCGGUGGCCUUGCGGCUUCGGGCAGUGCGCACAGCCCGACGGUUGCUCACGAACUCAGCAGGUGGACAACCUCGGGCAGCUGCAGUGAGCGUAUUGGGGGACUUCGGCGGCAGUGGGGACUUGGCCGAAUUCCGUCGGCUGGGCCUGGCCAGGGACCCGGUCCUGGAGGUGUCCAGAACCAUGGGAAGUCUUGCCCGGAGCAUGGCAUCGCUGUCACUUGCCUUGGCUCGAACACAGGACCUAGCAGCCAUGAAGGGCUUUGCCAAGGGAGGGAAGAAAGGCAAAGAUGCCAAGGGCUUCCCCGGUGGUGGCCCUGGUGGCUUCCCCGCGAAGGGCUAUGGGAAGUCAGGAGGCAAGGGCGAGAUGGACACAUGGCAGAUGGGGCAGAUGUCCAUGAAGGGCAAAUCCAAGAGCCCUUUUGGUGACGGAAAGGCGGGCAAGGGCUUCGGCCCCAAGGGCCAGAUGGGCAAGGACUCUUUCGGAAAGGACGGCGGCAAAGCCAAGAGCCAGUCUGCGGAGCUCGCCGUGUCAGGCUGCUGGCAUGAAACCGUUGGAUCGAUCAUCCGCGGGGAGUACUUCCGGUCCGGAUCGAAUCACGGCAGACCUGUGUAUAAAAAGCUGGGGCCCGGGCAGGAGGUCCAGAUUUACUUCUGGGACAGCCGGGAUGGCCCGAACAUGUGCGGAUGGUGGUUCGGUGCCUCUGUUGGCGGUGACAUGGUCUGGUCGUUUCGCCCCGGCGCGGAGGGUCAGACGCCGCCGAGGCAGGCUCUUCUUAUGGCGUUCACCUGCCUUUCAACACACAGCCUCAGCUUGGUGAAACCUGGACAUAAUCCAGAAGUCGCCUUGACACGAGAAGUUCAGCAAAUCAAGGCGAAUGCUUCAAGCGAAGAAGAUGCUGAUGCACAAGAACAUGGCAUUUUGUGGGUGAAGAACACGGGCAAGUUUUGCUUAGGCAUCUUGCUCAGUUUGGUUGCAGUGACUGCUUCGUGGUAUUUCGAGCGGCAGCUUGCGCGGCUGGAGUGCUUGAUGUCAAUUGGCCGUAGCAUGUGCAGAAGUGUUCAGGAUGCGAAGGCAGUGCCAGAAAAUUCUGGUUGCCUGGUGCAUUUGUCUGGCGAGCUAAAGCCAGAGAUACCGAUUCAAGAUCCACGCUUUGCGUGUCAAAAGCUUAGUACUGGCUGCGGCCGUCUUCGAACGCAGGUGCAAGUCUACCAAUGGGUUGACGGUCGAAACUCUCAGUUGCAGCAACAAUGGUCAGAGGAUCCACAGAGUUUUUCCCUCUCACGGCGAGACCCCUCGAAGAAGACACCACCGCUGGCCUUGGCAGUUGGGACAACCAUUACCAAUUCCACGUCAGUCAAGUUCGGUUUGGGAUUCGUCUUACCUCGCGGCCUGCUGGACCAAUGCUCUUCAUUCAAGUCUGCUGCGCCACUGUUGGGGUCAGAAGUUUUCACGCAUAGUGGCAAGAUGAGAUUUCUCCUUCAUUCCGAUGGGCGCUACUAUUGGCGGGCAGGCGGUGACUCUGCAGCGGAGAAAAUAGCAUCAGAACCUAUGCUGGGUGACUUGCGUGUCACCUUCGAGAUGGCUGCCUCCGGUCGCGCAACCGUACUGGCAUUGCAAGCAGCAGAUGAUGCUUGUGAUGGUUCUGCCACCCUCCUUCCGUACAGGCUCGUGCCGCAGGUCUACGAAGAAGGGGAGCACAAAAGGCUAGUUGUGCAGGAAGCUCGGAAGUCGCGAGUCGGAUUGGCCCAGGAGGACCAGGUGUGUCCCCAAAGCCGCCUGUGCUUUAGCUGCAACUUUGUGGCUGGCUGCUGUACGGGAGUUGCCACCCCAGAGAUCUUUCGCCUCUAUGAAGGACACCAAACUUUGGAUUCAUGUUUCUCAAAACUGCGGAAGUCUUCCAGCGUUGAUGUGGGCCUGGGCUCCUGGUCAUUCCGACUUGUGGUGCUCUCUGUGAUGACCGCCGGCAUCCACAUCUCCUCCGAGGGGAUAAUGCACAUGCUCCCCAUCUCACGAAGCAUGACGGACACUCCCGGGACUGUGCCGAGGUUUGUUGUCAGCGCUUGCAUGUCGCUGGCAAUCACCAGUGCCAUCAUCAGCACCGUCUUCUUCCCAUACAAAGUGGGAAAGGCCUUCGUUCACCUGGCGGCAGCAGCUUUCUUCUUGGUGCUUCCCUUGAUCCUUAUGUCUUGA